AAGGAGCCGUAACUCUAUCAUUUCCUCUGACCUUCUCCAGAGAUAACUGAUAAGCAAGCAAGCGCACAUCAUCCAAGGUGAAUUUGGAUUUUUUAUUCAACUGUGCAGAUACAAGAUUUUGAUUUAGAUUAAUUCUGUCUGUGUAAACUGCAAAGUACCUAAGCAAAAUCAAAAGCAUUGAACCCAGAGAAUAGAUUUUAUUGAAGAUGAGUUCAUCAAAGACAGUGAGGAAAUUGGAGGUGGUGUCACCAGUUCCAGCAGAUAUAGAUAUUGCAAACUCAGUGGAGCCUAUUCACAUCUCUGAGAUUGCGAAGGACCUCAAGCUUAGCGCCCAACACUAUGAUCUGUAUGGAAAAUACAAGGCUAAGGUUUUGUUGUCUGUGUUGGAUGAGAUUCAAGGAUCUGGAGAUGGGUAUUAUGUGGUGGUUGGAGGGAUUACUCCUACGCCCCUUGGAGAGGGCAAAUCCACUACUACUGUUGGCCUCUGUCAAGCUUUGGGUGCUUUCCUUGAUAAAAAGGUUGUCACUUGUGUUCGUCAACCAUCACAAGGACCGACUUUUGGAAUUAAGGGGGGUGCAGCUGGUGGGGGUUACAGUCAGGUGAUUCCGAUGGAUGAAUUCAAUCUGCAUCUAACUGGAGAUAUUCAUGCGAUAACAGCUGCAAACAAUCUUCUAGCAGCUGCAAUUGAUACUCGGAUUUUCCAUGAAAAUACCCAAACUGAUAAGGCUCUUUUCAACCGCUUAUGCCCACCAAACAAAGAAGGGAAACGUAGCUUCAGCAACAUCAUGUUUAGGCGUCUGGAAAAGCUUGGUAUUGCUAAGACCAAUCCUGAAGAUCUUACAUCAGAAGAAGUUACGAAAUUUUCUAGGCUUGACAUUGACCCAAAUUCAAUCACUUGGAGGAGAGUAAUGGAUGUUAAUGAUCGAUUCUUACGAAAAAUUACUAUUGGUCAAGGGCCUGAUGAAAAAGGGAUGGUAAGAGAAACAGCAUUUGAUAUUUCUGUAGCUAGUGAGAUUAUGGCUGUUCUGGCACUCACAACAUCACUAGCUGAUAUGAGAGAGAGGCUUGGGAAAAUGGUUAUUGGAAAUAGCAAGGCUGGUGAUCCUAUAACAGCUGAUGAUCUCGGUGUCGGAGGUGCUUUGACUGUACUUAUGAAGGAUGCCAUUAACCCAACUUUGAUGCAAACUCUUGAAGGAACCCCAGUUCUUGUUCAUGCUGGUCCUUUUGCAAAUAUCGCCCAUGGUAAUUCGUCCAUUGUGGCUGAUAAGAUAGCAUUAAAGUUGGUGGGAGCAGGUGGGCUUGUCGUUACGGAAGCCGGUUUUGGUGCUGAUAUUGGAACUGAAAAGUUUAUGAAUAUAAAGUGCCGAUAUAGUGGUUUAACACCUCAGUGUGCUGUAAUUGUGGCAACGAUUAGGGCCCUGAAAAUGCAUGGUGGUGGGCCACAAGUUGUUGCAGGAAAGCCUCUUGACCAAGCCUAUUUAAGUGAGAAUGUUACUCUUGUUGAAUCUGGUUGCGUCAAUCUGGCCAGGCAUAUCUCAAACACAAAAGCUUAUGGUGCAAAUGUUGUAGUUGCUAUUAACGUGUUCUCAACUGACACUGAAGCAGAACUUAAUGCAGUAAAAACUGCUGCAUUGGAUGCCGGAGCUUUUGAUGCAGUAAUUUGCACUCACCAUGCCCACGGUGGAAGAGGAGCGGUAGACCUUGGUAUCGCCGUUCAAAGAGCCUGUGAGAAUGUGACGGAGCCAUUGAAAUUCUUAUAUCCUUUGGACAUCAACAUUAAAGAAAAAAUAGAGGCUAUUGCAAGGUCAUAUGGUGCUAAAGGUGUUGAGUACUCUGACCAGGCCGAGAAACAAAUUGAGAUGUACACCAGGCAAGGAUUUACUAACCUGCCAAUCUGCAUGGCAAAGACCCAAUAUUCAUUUUCUCAUGAUGCUUCUAAGAAGGGAGCUCCAACUGGAUUUGUCUUACCAAUAAGGGAUGUGAGGGCAAGUAUUGGGGCUGGAUUUAUAUAUCCUUUGGUUGGUACGAUGAGUACAAUGCCUGGACUUCCUACGAGGCCUUGCUUUUAUGAAAUCGACAUUGAUACUGCAACUGGAAAGGUUAUCGGUCUUUCAUGAAGCUUCUCACUGCACGUGGUCGUGUCAGGGCGAUCCUUUGGUAGUUUGCAACCCCUUCCCUGCUUAUUCCUUCGAAAUGGAUAUAUGUGUGCUUUUGUUGGGUCCAGUGUAACUUUUAUAAAAUAAAGGGAAGGUUUCAACCCUGUUUUGAUUUGGACUUACUGUUUCAAAUCAUUUAUUAGUGCUCUAUGCAUACUGUUUUUCACUAUAUUUUGAGAGGUUCAAGUUGCAGAGUCU